AUAUAACAUAUUUUUGAUAUAUAACAGAUGUAACAAUAAUAAGCCGAAAUUUAAUCCUUCAAAUGAAGGAGUACGCAAAUUAAUAUAGAAAAUUUUUGAAAUAAUUGGAAGUCUAAAACGAGAUAUUCUUUACCAUUUUCAAUAGUGAGAGGUGCCAAUACUAUUAAGAUUUCAUUAUGAGUUUUAAAAUAUUACGAAGCACGUUUAUGAGGGCCCUGACCACACAAGAUCAGAAACAAAACGAUCGUGCUUUUUCUUGGUUCCAAAUAUGUUCUCCAUGUCCAAUUACUGGAAAUUUGGGUCAAAAUGAGGCCAAUUAUAAACGUUAUUAUAGUUACAAGACUAUGCAUGCAACUGAUGGCGAAAAAAUGGUCAAAAUACCUAAAAUCCAAUUCCUCACAAAGGCUUAUAUAUCUCAAGGCAGUGUUAUGAGUAGUUCUGAGCAUGAAAAAAAUUCAAAUAGUGCGGAAGAAGGUGAUGACGCUGAAACACCUAAAAAUCUGCUCGGUAAAGAAGGAAGCAUAUUCAAGGAAGGGAGUACUUCUCAACUUGAUAAAAGCUCUUCAUUAUCAGGACCGAGAGGUCCUCUUAAAGGUGUACUCGUAAAAAAAGUUACGAAAUUAACAACAACUGCAAUUGCUGUUGAGAAUAAUUCCGCUGAGGAUAUUGUUACAAAAGAUGCUAUGGAUAAACGUAUUGGUACUAAAGACAACAAAGUUAAACGAUCGUCUGGCUAUGGAUCAGUCUACGGUUGCUCAGCCCAGCUUUCGAAUGCAACGAAACUUGGAAACAAAAAUUUUGGUCUACUUUCUUCACGUCUCGAUGAUGAAAAUAUUUUUAUAGAAACGCUAGGCAAAUCAAGACUUUCAAUACAUGCGGAAAUUGAAAAAUUCAAACCCAGCUUUACAUCCUAUCAUUAUAAAUAACCAAAUAUCAUUUGGCAGCUGAUGUGCAUCUUUUAAUAAAAAAAAGAAUAACAAAAUUAAGUUCAUCUUUGGUUAAAAGAAAAAAUAAA